AUGGAUUGUCACAUGAGCGUGGAGGAUCGUCAACUUGAGGCGGACAACACAUACAUUUUGGCUAUUGACGGUGAUUCCAAGUUUGAACCAUCAGCAGUGAUGAAGUUACUUAGACUGAUGAAUGUGAAAAAUGAGAUCGGUUGUGCCUGUGGACGGAUUCAUCCUAUUGGCAAAGAAAGCCACAGAACACGUCUUUGGUUGCGUAUUGUGUGCUCUUGGUUGCUUUUCACUUUUUCGUGCAUCUGCUUUGAUGGACGACAACAUCAUGCACAAGGUCAGGAUCGAUGGCUGUCAACGCUGCUCCUAAAGCAAGGCUAUGGAAUUGAGUAUGCCACCAUUGCAGAUGCGGAAAUGUACGCACCUGAAGGUUUCCAUGAAUUCUUCAACCAACGACGUCGAUGGACUCUUUCUUCCAUAGCAAAUACAGUCGAUUUACUUGACGAUUAUAAAUUGAAUCGACAGAAUCUUGCUGCACAACUUUUUACCGGUGUUCACUUUUAUUGUGCUCUGUUUUCUUGCUCAUUCGAAUUACCGGAUAACUUUUGCCAAAUUUAUUUCUGUGAUGUAUGGCUUUGUGAUGCUUUCUGACUGGCAUUCUUCCUGAUGAUACCAUGCACACACAUCUUCAUGGCACUUUAUGCACUUAUUAAUUUGAACGUUAUUAACUGGGGCACACGAGAAGCUGCUUCAGCUGCCGUCGGUAAACACGCGAGUUAUGCCAAAUUCCGUGAUUUACUGCGACGAUUAGGUUUUUUCAAAGUUUUUGAUUUUGUGCGAUCAACACCAUCGUGGAGGUCUACUACUACUACUACUACUACUACGACUACUACUAUUACUACUGCUACUGCCACUACUACUGCUACUACAACUAUUAUUACUACUACUACUACUGCCACCAUCACUGCUGUUGAAGUACAAGAAAUUAAAAGAAAAGUUACUACUAUAGGAAGAGAAAUUCAGGGAUUGAAGGAGCAAAAUGCAAACUUCUCUUCCGUUCGUCUCAAUACAACGACAAAAGGCACGAGCCCCCUCCCUAUUCUUUCAGUAUCACGAGCUCUAUCGGAUGACCAAAAGAAACAAGGCAAGAGAGAUAAUAUUGAGCAGCUGUACCGUCUAGUCUGGACUCCAAUUUAUUUGACGGAUGAUUUUACAGCCAUUGGAAAUCACAGAGAAGGAGACAAGACGAGCAUCACGUCCCGUGUCGUCUAUCUAUUAGAUAUCAUACUUUCCAUUGUACAUAGUGCUCUUUCACGUAAUCCGACAUCGAUGUCUGGCGUUUGUUCUCAAAUGAAAAAUUUCGUUUUAAGCAAGAAGAGAGGAAAAUUUGAACUUACUGAUGAGCCGUUGAAAGUUGAACCAAUUGGACUGUUUAUCAUCGCAUUCUUACUAAUAAUUCUGAUAGUCCAGACAUGCGGUAUGUUUGCUGACAGGAUCAACACUUUGGUUGGCACUUUCCAUGAGGUCACUGUAUUUGUUGUGAAUGGCUCUUUGACUUGUUUUUAUAUUCAGCAGAUGUUUGAUACGACGCUUUAUAACAACGCACACGGAGCUGAUGGAUAUGUCAGCAGUCAUUGUGAUACACAUGCAGGAUGCAAUGUUCUUUACAAGCUCCAACAACCUAGACUGAUACAUCGGUCAGCAGUGUCACAGGUUUCGAGACUUUAG